CCUAGGGUUUUGAAAAACGAAAGAAAAUCGAAGGAGAAUGGAAAAACGAAAGAAAGGAGGAAGCAACAAUGGAGGAAUUGAAGAGAACACAAUGGCGAUUCUCGAUACUUCUGGUUUCAAUAGAGAUUCUCACCACCGCCAUGACGACAGUCUUGCUUUUCUAGAAGCUGUUCGCUCUGCUUCAUUGCUACCAGAAAAUGGAACACCGCCUUCUAGCACGAUGCGUGAAGCGAUUUUCCAAAUUUUGAAGGAAGAGACUUCACUUGAGCUAAUAAUGGGAAGUUAUCAACUUCUAAAUGAGUUGGAUAAGCGAUUUCCUAGGGUGUGCUUGCCCAAAAUGGAGGAGCAAGCAUCAUGUCUGCAACCAACCAUUCUCAAUGAACCUGUUGUAGUUGAAGAGGCCUGGUGUCCAUUUACUCUAGGAUUGGAUAGGGACGAUGAAAUAAAUAGAGGUUCAAGUGGAUCAAUUGACCCCUUGGGCUUUCAUUCACUAAUACAAGAACUUGGGGAAAUGAUCAACCAGAGGUCAAAAGCAUUAGAAACAAAGAUAUUAAGGAAGAUGCUACUACUUCACUAUCUUGUCAGUGUGCUUGAAGGAGACUUUGUGCCUCGUAACAAAGCAUUCAAAGAAAAGAUGAGUUGGACCCUUUUGCGGGAUUCAUUGCUCAACAUGCUUCUGGGGUCAAGAAAAAUAAUCUAUAAAAGCUUAGUCAAGGACUGCCUGUCGGUUAUAAGUGAUGUGUUCUCUGACUUACAUGAUAUAUCUGAGUCCUCCUCUGACGUGGAUUCAGUGGCACCUCCUUCAAACGAGAUAUCGCAUAAUUGCAUUGCUGCUUUUGCACUGGCUUUACCUGAACUCAAACGGUCUACUUGUAUCAUUCUGAAGAAUGUCCUGAGAAUGAUGAUGGAGCUGGAUGCAUCACGGAAUGUGGCAGAUGUUCAAGGCCUUACCACCAGAGCUGAUGGUGUGAGAUCACCUGCUGCAGAGAUCAUUUUGGAUGAACUCGCUUACAAUUCUGAUAUGCUCUCCCCCUUUUUUCAGGUCUUUGAUGACCCUUGGUGGAAGCUAAAAAUGAUCAUGCAGUACUUUCGGAAGUACAUUCCUAAGUUUCCUGUUCGUACUAGGAGAUCAAAUAGUACGGUGAAUGAUUCCACAUUUGAAGGUGUUUUGAAGUGCUUCUCAAACAGCAGGAGCACAAAAAAUAUCAUCAAGAAAAUUGGAAUGGAUGUUGCUCAGCUGCUUCUUGGGCAUGCCUUUUUGGCUUACUUGUCAGUAUCAGUGGAUUCUUCUGCUGAAAAUGAUGAUUUUGAAGAGAUGGUGAAAGGAAGCUCUCUCACAGAAAUCUGCAAGCACAUAAUAGCUGCUUUUACUUCUAUCAGAAAAGAAUACAAGAACACAGAAAUUCUACUUUUGGGUAAAGAAGCGGUGUUUACAGCUGCAACCAUUCUCUCAACCAAGUCAUAGGAGAAACAGCAGUUACUAUUUAUUGUUCAUGAUGUAUAUUUGGUCAAACGGGGCCAAUUAGCAAAGCCUCCUACCUGAAGUCCGCGAAAUGAUGUUUCCACACAGCCAGUAGUGGUCAAAUGCUGUUCAAGGAAACCUCAGUGAAAGCUUCAUUUAAUAGCCAAUGGAACUGUCCUUUGUAGUUAAAGGAAAACCGAAAAAGGGUAACUCUAAGGAACUUGGUGUAU